AUGUCGAAAGCGGACGAUCUCAAGAACAAUGGAUGCGUGGUUGCAUUAGCAAUAACUUGCAGCAAGAAAAGCAAAUCCGUGAUAAAGUGGGCUUCGGAGAAUUUAAUCCAAGACGAAGGAUUCGGACAAGUCUCCUUCAAACUGCUGCACGUUUUCCCGGAGAUCACUACAGUUCCUACACCAAUUCGGAAAGCAAAAGUGGGAAACGGAAUUCCGAUCGCACAAGUAAGAGAUGACGUGGCAGCGGCUUACAGAAAAGAAAUCGAAUGGCAAACCAACGAAAAGCUUCUGCCUUACCAGAAUUACUGCAUCAGAAGAAAGAUUCAAGCAGAAGUUGUAACCAUCGAAUCGGACGACGUCGUAAAUGCAAUAGCCGAUGAAAUCGCUAAAUCCAAUAUCAAGAAACUCGUCAUUGGAGCUUCGUCUGCCGGAGGCGUGUUUUCUAGGUAUAAAAAUAUUAUCAUCAGAAACCUCACUAAUAAACAUAACAGUUCUUAUUGGAUGCCUAGAGCACAAACUCUGUCACCGAGAAUCUCCGAAACAUGCCCCGGCUUUUGCACCGUUUACGUCAUUGCUAAAGGCAAACUCGCCUCCAUCCGCCCCUCUGAUCCAGACGCAAAUUCCAUCAAACGAGACGAACCCAUCGAUAACACUGAUCGAUUCAGCAAUUUUUCUUCGAGCUACACGACAAGCUCGCAACCUGGUACGAUUUUAAUUUUCUUGUCCGAAAAUCCUCGUACUAAACAAAAUUUUAAGACAUUAAAAUAUAUAUACAUUUUUUUUUUAAAUCAGAUUGGACGAUGCAAAUUAGUUCACCGGUUAUGUACCCUCAGUUCGUACCACCUUCGCCAACAAGAACACGAGGAUGACGGAAAUUCCAGCUCAAGUUUCUCGGAUAUAACCGAUCAGAAGAGCAAAGAAUCGAGUUUUACGAGCAUGAUAACCGACGGCCAUUCUUGGACCACCGAUCAAUCUUCCAGCUUAAAUGCUUCCACUGAUUUUUCAUCCGGAAGUCAGUCCUGUUUUUUUUUUUGCCAGACUAAUAUCAACUUUGAGCUGGAACAACUAAGAAUGGAACUAAGGCAUGCACAAGGAAUGUAUGCAAUGGCACAAAACGAGGCGUUGGACGCGUCUCGUAAGCUAAACGGUCUUCAGCAUCAGCGAUUAGAAGAAACGAUGAAGCUAAACGAGAUGAAUCUCAAAGAAGAGGAAGCGAAGGAGUUAGCUGCACAAGAAAAAAUCAGAUACGAAGCUGCGAAAAAGGAAGCCGAAUACGCAAAAGAAUGUGCAGAUAAAGAAGCUGCACUCAAAGCAGCAGCAGAGAAAAAGGCCACAAGGGAUGCUAAAACGAAAGAAAAGCUCGAGAACACUCUAGCGAGCCCCGUUCAUCACUAUCAAGAAUUCACGUGGGAGGAAAUUUACUCCGCCACGUCAUCACUCUCGAACGACCUCAGAAUCGGAAUGGGAUCGUACGGAACUGUUUACAAGUGCAUCUUACGCCACACGAACGCUGCCGUGAAAAUCCUCCAUUCUAUGGCAACUAGCAGAAACAAACAGUUUGAGCAGGAGCUCGAGAUAUUGAGUACGAUUCGACAUCCGAAUUUGCUAACACUUCUUGGAGCAUGCCCUACACGUGGUUGUUUAGUGUAUGAGUACAUGGAAAACGGAAGCCUCGAAGAGAGAUUAUUCAGAAGAAACAACUCGCCUCCGAUUCCUUGGUACGAAAGAUACCGUAUAGCUCGUGAAGUAGCGUCGGCUUUAAUCUUCCUACACAACUCGAAACCUAAGCCGAUAAUCCACCGUGACCUAAAACCGGCAAACAUACUACUCGACCACAACUUCGUCAGCAAAAUCGGAGACGUCGGCUUAUCCACAAUGCUGAACUCAGACACGACGAGCGCGGCAACUAUGUACAAAGACACGAGCCCCGUAGGAACCCUUUGUUAUAUAGAUCCAGAGUAUCAAAGGACAGGUCUCGUUUCACCGAAAUCCGAUGUCUAUGCGUACGGAAUGGUGGUUCUGCAGCUGCUUACUGCGAAACCUGCUAUUGCACUUGCUAGGACAGUUGAGAUGGCGCUCGAUGAUGAUGACGUGGCGAGGAUUUUGGAUAAGGAGGCGGGUAGUUGGCCGAUAGAGGAGACGAAGGAGCUCGCUGAGCUGGCACUGAGGUGUACUGAGCUUCGGCAUAGAGACAGGCCGGAUUUGAGGACUCACAUUCUGCCUACUUUGGAGAAGUUGAGAAUGGUUUCGAUGAAAGCUCACGAUUUGGCUGUUUUGGGCCCCACGGGCCCGCCUAAUCAUUUCAUAUGCCCCUUGCUUAAGGAUGUGAUGAAUGAUCCUUGUGUGGCUGCUGAUGGAUAUACGUACGAUCGAAAAGCGAUCGAAGAGUGGCUGAGGGAAAAUAACACUUCGCCUGUGACGAACUUGCCUUUGCUUAGCAAGAGUCUUAUACCGAACCAUUCACUUCUUACAGCAAUCAUGCAGCAAAAAUCAGCAUAAUAAUCUUGUAAACUAAUGUUUCGAUUUUUUCUGUCUUUGGAAUGUGGAGUGGUGUCGUUUUAUCGUCUGAAAAAUAUAGUAAAGUAUUUUUCCGUGUUCUUUUUUUUUAAAUUUGUUCGUUUCGGGAGUGUAUUAUACAAUAAUGGUUAAUUCUCAAUUAUUGAUCACUAUAUUUGCAGAGAGCAUAAUUGCUUAUUCAAUGUUUUUGUUCUGUUUUUUUCUUUUUUCUCGCCAUUAUUUUCUGAGCAUUCGAAGGUUCGAUUAUUAGUUUAUAUUCGAUAAAAGUAGAGAUUAACCCGUAACGCGCAAGAGAAAAGAUCACAUAAAAGCCGAAUUCCCAAGAAAAAAGAAUGCGAACCGUUAGUCCAACAAUAAUGGUUAGUUUUGUACACAUCCAACUGAACCGAGAUAAGAAAUUACAGUUACAAAAAUAAGAUUCUGAUCUUCGUCGGAAUCCGAUAGGCCGAUACUAACUAGCCGAAACAAUCUUUACUCAGUAGAAAGAUAAAGAAAAUAGCCGAAAAAAUGUGCUCUUUUUUUCGUCAACAUUUCUUCAUGUUGUAUUGUUACAGUAGGGCUAAACCAAUACGGUACUUUUGACUAACGUAAAACCGACAACUCUGCGAUAAACCUUAGCUCGUAUCCAUCCAUCAAGACUCGAUCGUCCAUUAAGAUGGUUGUAGUUGAAAGAUCUCAACUUCUUUUCACAGUCAUUCAAAAAUUAACGGCCACUGUUAAUUGAGAAUAUACUCUGACGGCAAUCUAGUUUCCUGUCGGUUUGACAAAACUCGGCAUCUGUUGACUUCGACAACUGAAUCUUUGCUAAGUCUCCACGCUAAAAGUCAACCCAAGUCACUUUCUGACAUUACGACAACCUCGGUUAGUUGUUGCCAUGAUCACCGAAUAAGUCAACCAACUAAGUUGACUACUCCCCC